AUGUCUUGGCCUGAUGUUCCCACCCCAGCCGCUCAAGGAGUGUCCUUCUACACUCCAGCUCAGAGCCCUGCAGCUGGAACUGCUCGCAAUCCUCAAUCGAGUGGAAAGCCCAUCCCGACUCUCUUCAAGCCCCUGACUAUCCGAGGGCUGACCUUCCAAAACCGCAUCGGUGUUGCACCUAUGUGUCAAUAUAGUGCUGAUAAUGGCCACAUAACUCACUGGCAUAUGGCCCACUACGGUGGUAUUGCCAUGCGUGGUCCCGGUAUGAUCAUCAUGGAGGCCAUUGCUGUCCUUCCCGAAGGCCGUAUCACCCCCGGUGACGUCGGCUUGUGGCAAGACUCGCAGAUUGCUCCUUUGAAGCAGGUAAUCGAGUUCGCCCACAGCCAAGGCCAGAAGAUUGGUAUUCAGCUAGCCCAUGCUGGUCGUAAGGCCUCGUCCACUCCCCCUUGGUUGGGCGGCGGCGUUGCCACAAAUGCCGUCGGCGGAUGGACCGACAACGUCAAGGGCCCUAGUGCUAUUCCCUUCUCUGAGAACGAUAUUGUCCCCAAGGAAAUGACCAAGGAGGAUAUCCAGGAGUUCAAGGACGCUUGGGUCGCCGCUGCUCGUCGUGCCGUCGAAGCCGGUGUUGACUUCAUUGAGAUCCACAAUGCUCACGGAUACCUGCUCAACGCUUUCAUCUCACCAUCGUCCAACAAGCGCACUGACGAGUACGGCGGCAGCUUCGACAACCGCAUUCGUCUCUCUAUGGAGAUUUCCCAGCUGACCCGUGACGUCCUCGGCCCUAACAAGCCCGUUUUCCUGCGUGUCUCGGCCACCGACUGGCUCGAGAAGAGCAUGCCUGAGGAGGAGGGCUGGAAGCUUGAGCACACAGUCGAGUUCGCCCGCCGUCUCGCUGAGCAGGGUGCCAUCGAUCUGAUCGAUAUCAGUACUGGUGGUGUUCACGUUAAGCAGAAGGUUGAGUCCGCUGUUGCCUUCCAGGUCCCCCAUGCCACUGCUGUGAAGAAGGCUGUCGGUGACAAGCUGCUUGUUGCCGCCGUCGGUAUGAUCAACAACGGCCAACUGGCCGAGAAGGUCCUCAAUGAGGAGCACAUUGAUGUCAUCUUGGUUGGUCGUGGCUUCCAGCGUGACAAUGGUCUCGUCUGGGCCUUUGCGAAGGAUUUAGAUGUGGAGAUUGCCAUGCCUGGACAGAUCCGCUGGGGAUUCACCCCAUUCCGUGCUGCAUCGGAUUACAUCAUGCCUAACUCGAUGAAGGCAUCCCUCUUUGAUUAG